UACGGGCUGUUCUAUUAUUUAUAUUUUUUUUUGUAAUUGAACGGAAUAUUUCUCCAUACCGCCCCAUCUUGCCUUAUGCUCCUGCCGUCCCCAACUCCCAAUCGGCCUAUCCUAUUCCAUUUUCUUCAAAUACAAUAUACAUUUACACACUCAAGAAGAAGACGAUGAACCAUUUCCUACCGGCCAGGUUCUUAGGGUUUGUGCCUUUUCGGUGAUGAAAUUCAUUAAAAAGGGAAUUUAAAGCUUUUGAUUUUGAUGUAAAUCGUUUCCAACAUAUGUUUGUGAAGAUCAGAUUCAGAAGUCUAUAAGACCCCAGUAAGCCAAUAUGCAGAUGGGAUGUAACUCAGAUGAGAAGAGCUGCUGUCGUGAGUAUGGAUGCUCAUAUUUGUAAAGCCUGUAAUCCUUGUUCAGUACUUGAUGGAUGACCUGUCUGCGGGAAUUACUAAUUAGAAUGUUAGCAUAUUGACCAGACAAAGGUUUUCAUAGAAGCAGCGAAGGUAAUGAGAAUGGCGACAUUGGAGUUUUUGAAGUCACUUCAAGGAUUAAAAAUAUAUAAUUUUAAUUUUUGAUGCCCCAUAAAAGUCUGAACUCUAAAUCCGCCACUAGCGACUACUACCUACAAAAUUUAUGUCAUAACUCAUAACCACCCCAAAUAGAACGAACAAAAGUUGACCCGCGUUCCGCCCUAGUCGUACGAGCUACAAAGCGCUAAAAAUCAAACGAAAACCCUUGAAAACAGGGUCUGGAAUCUGGGAAAGUGGUGUUCAUCUUAGCUUCAUUAUGAAAUGGCAACCUCCAUUUCCAAAACUUUGACUAAAAACAUUCGCUUCAUCAUCUCAUCUAGCCCUUCAUCUUCCCUUUCACUACCUCGUUACUUUUCUACUUCAUCUGCAUCAACAAUCUCUUCCAUUGAUGGCUCUCCUCAAAAUCCAUGUCCUCAAUUUCAACCUCAAGCAAAAGAGAAAGGAAUAUGGUCCAAGAUGUUUCUCUUUCUUCCUGGGGCUAUUGCUUUUGGUCUUGGCACUUGGCAGAUCUUCCGACGACAUGAUAAGAUCAAAAUGUUGGAGUACAGAAAAGAAAGGUUGGAAAUGGAGCCUAUUCAAUUCAAUGCUAUAGCUCCUAAUGAAAAUUCAAAUACUUUGGAGUUCCAAAAGGUGGUCUGCAUAGGCGUUUUUGAUGAGAAGAAGUCAAUAUUCGUGGGUCCCCGCUCUAGAAGUAUAUCCGGAAUUACAGAAAAUGGAUACUACCUUGUAACACCCCUUGUGCCUAUUACCAGUAAUCUUGACAGUGUCCAGUCCCCCGUAUUAGUGAAUAGGGGAUGGGUCCCGCGAAGCUGGAGGGACAAGGCACUUGAAUCUUCUCAAGAUGUUGAAGAAGCUAAAGAUUUGCCUAGCACUGCUUCAUCAACUGGUGAAAAGCAUUAUUUUUGGCGAUUUUGGUCUAAAACACCCCUACCCACAGAGGUGAAAGAUCAAGCUCCAUCUGUUAGUCCAGUAGAAGUAGUCGGUGUGAUUCGUGGGAGUGAGAAGCCAAGCAUUUUUGUUCCAGAAAAUGAUCCUGCCUCUGGUCAGUGGUUUUUUGUUGAUGUUCCUGCUAUUGCCCAUGCAUCUGGUCUUCCUCAGAAUACAGUCUAUAUUGAAGAUAUUAAUGAAAACGUUAGCCCUAGCAAUCCAUACCCUAUUCCAAAAGAUGCUGGAACUUUAAUUCGCAGCUCAGUCAUGCCUCAAGAUCAUUUAAAUUACACAUUGACAUGGUAUUCUCUAUCAGCUGCUGUGACAUAUAUGGCUUACAAGAGAUUGAAGCCUAGAAGAACUUGGAGAUAGUUCCCGAGUUAUGGACGUCUUUCGACGUGUUACUAAACGUUUUGAUCAUGUUCAAGUACACUGAAGUUAAGGUGCUGUCAAAUCAAUUACAGAUACCUUUGGUCACCAUAGUAGGGUUUGUCUUACUAUUGUCACUCGUCUUCCCUGGUAACUUCCAAGGGUGACCCUGCAAAGUUUGUUGAGCAGACAUUCAGAAACUGAAACUCGCUAGAAAAUUUUGAUUUGAAACACUAGAUUGACGUAGUUAUCUUCAUAUAUCAGCUAAACAAAGAUGUGCAUAAGCUGUACUGGUUUGCAGAACUGUGGGCAUCUGGCCUUCAAGAAAUGAACUCAGGCAGAUGCUCAUAUGAACCUAUAGCGGAUGUCGAAUAUAUAUUUUUGAUUCCGGAAUUUAAGAAAUGAACUAAGGCAUUUGCCUCAUUGGUUACAUCAAAUAUGCAAUAAAUGAAAAAUGUUCUUGUCAA